CUGUGCCGCGUUACUCCUCCAGGUUGGUUUGAAGCGUGGGGUGAAGGGUGAAACCAGCACGGCUCUUCGGCUGAAAUGGACUAUCGGGCAAUGAGCCAGUUAAGGUGCUGGCCACAAAGAACAGCUCGACGAUCUGCUAUUGCCUUGAGCAUGCGCACAUCUGCCCCUCCUUUACUGCGCCUCCAACCACAGUUAAACUGAGAGAUAUAAAAGUAAAUCUGGAAGAGAAAGGUGGGUCGUCUCUUCAACCAUAGCACAUAGGCAUACCAGCAUCAUGAAUUCAACGACCUAUCGGACCAAUGAGAAGAACACCCUCGUAUGGAGGGAGAUUGAGCCUCCAGAUACUACCAAACACCACCGUAGACGUGUCCUUCUUGCGAAAGGUUUGUCCAUUGCUGCUGUUCUGUUCUUAUGGUGGUCAUAUCAUUCCGUCCCGGGCCUCAUCGGAUGCAGAAAGACUGAGACUGUGGCUGAUGCAGACGGGGUUGAGGGAUAUAGAUUCGACGAUUUUGAGAGUAUCACCCCAAGUGAGAAGCUGGAAUGGCACAAAUGCUUCACGGCCUUCCGGUGUGCUCGUCUUACUGUACCCAUGGACUACAAUCGUCCACUUAAUGCUUCAAAGGAUAAUCCGAGGGUUCACAUUGGGUUGAUUCUUGUUCCUGGCAUUCAUACUGGAUCUGAGAAAGCCUCAAAGUCUCCUUUGCUGAUCAAUCCCGGAGGACCAGGUGGAUCCGGCUUUACGUUCGCCCUUGGUGCUGGACGCGCUAUCCAACAACUUUUCGGAGUACCUGAUCAAGAUGUGGUUGGUUUCGAUCCCCGAGGAAUCAUGAUGACAACUCCACGUGCAGAUUGCUAUUCAUUCCCGCCUGACAAUCUCUCUUCAAGCUUGCCAUCGCCUGAUGAUGAAGAUUAUGUCCAAGGUUCUUUUCACAGAUUUCUCUGGGCUCAAUCUGGCAGGGAGAUUGGAUUCAUCAACUCUAGUGAUGUUGCAUUGCAGAAACUUGAUACUCGGAUAAGAGCCACUGCCAAGCUUUGCCAAACAAAGGACGAGUUGUAUGGUGAUGACGGUAUCUUACAAUAUGUCAGCACUCCGAACGUUGCCCGAGACAUGCUUUCGAUUGUGGACGCUUGGGACGAGUGGACAAGCACCUUGAGCAAUGAGCCUGCAGUCUGUGAUUUACCGGUCAAAGUGAAGGAGGAGGAAUUGCACUCGUCUGCUGAUGGUGGCAUACCAUAUUCCCCAGAUACCAAAGGAAAACUUGUCUUUUGGGGACUUAGCUAUGGCACCAUGCUCGGUGCAACAUUCGCUUCUUUGUUCCCCGAUCGUGUCGGGAGAUUGAUUCUCGAUGGAGUCGUCGACGCGGACGGGUUUGUGGGACCUCUCUGGACAGAAAGCUCGUGGGAUACCAACAAAACCUUCGAUUCUUUCGCAACAUACUGUCACAAGGCAGCCAAGCGUUGUGAUCUAUACCAGGAUGGUGACGAAGUGCAAGACAUUGCAAACCGAUUUCAAGCUGUUGAAAUGAAGCUGCGGAAUGAGCCCCUCACUUGGAUUGAUGAGCAGUCGAAAAUGCCAGCCUCAUUCACCAACACUCACUUGAGAGGUCUUACUUUCCAAUCCCUCUAUGGGCCAACUAUCAUGUUUCCGAUACUCGCAUCCGUCGUCAGCAACCUACAUGAAGGUAUCAUUGAUGAGCUUAUCAAGCAGCUCGCCGGAAACUCUCCAUAUUUUAAUAGCCAGCCCUUUUGUGGAGCGCCUCUCUCAAGGUUUUCGUACCCAGGAGACGAAGCAGGACUUGCAGUGAUGUGUAGUGAUAAACGCCACCCACUCAAUGAAUCACUCCCGAAUCUUGAAAAAGAAUUCGAGUCAUUGUCGAAUAUGUCGUAUUUCUCUGACGUUUACAUGAGCUUCAUACUUAUUUGCGAUGGUUAUGGCAUCAAAAAUAAGGGCCUCACCAUGGAUUGGGAUGAUAACCCAGCACACGGAUCAGAACCCAUCAGAACCUCCUUCCCUAUUUUGUUUAUUAGCAAUUCUGCAGAUCCAGUCACUCCUUUGCACGCUGGCCUAAAAAUGGCCAAAAAAUUUGUGGACGCCGGCCUGAUUGAACAAAAGUCUGAGGGACACUGCUCACUUUCCGCGCCUUCGAGAUGUACGAAUGACUGGAUCCAAGGAUACCUCAAAACAGGCAUAGUGCCACCGCAUCCGGUGGGAGACUUAGGCGAUGGGAAAUGGGUCGAAUGUCGAGCUGAGGGUUAUCCAUGGAAGAGUUACGGAGCUGAGUCCUCCGAAGCACAAGGGGAAGACGCAAGGGCGGAAACUGAAAGGAUCAAAACCUUGAAUAAGGUGCAGCAAGAACUCGGCAAAGUGAAGCUCUGGGGAACUCAAAGUUUGGAUUGGAUUCCUACAAUGCAGGAAUUGGUCGCCGUGUACGAAUCGCAAAACCAUCGAAGGCAUUGAGAAGAGACAAUUGUGAUGGUCCAGUCAAGGUUUUAAAUGGUCAAUAUCUCCCCUUCCACAGUCUCUUUAUGAUCUCGGGUAAAAAUAGUUAUCAGAAUCUCGAUUGUGAGUAAAAAAUAAUGAUGCUUCCUUCAUUCCUGGUUAGACGUCUAGCCAAC